AUGAGGAGGCUGGCUUUUCGAGGUGCUGGUUGUACUCUGAAGAAGUUGGAUUCCAUGGGUUCCAAGAGGCGAAGAGCUACCUCGCCUUCCAGCAGCGUCAGCGGAGGAGACUUUGAUGACGGCCACCACUCCACGAAUAUACCAGGCCCAAGCAGAAAGAGGAGGAGACUUUCCAAUCUCCCAACUGUAGAUCCUAUUGCUGUAUGCCAUGAACUUUACAACACCAUCAGAGAUUACAAAGAUGAACAAGGCAGGCUCCUUUGUGAGCUUUUCAUUAGGGCACCGAAGCGAAGAAAUCAGCCAGAUUAUUAUGAAGUGGUUUCUCAGCCAAUUGAUUUAAUGAAAAUCCAACAAAAGCUAAAGAUGGAGGAAUAUGAUGAUGUAAAUGUGCUGACUGCUGAUUUUCAACUUCUCUUUAACAACGCGAAGGCUUACUAUAAGCCUGAUUCUCCUGAAUAUAAAGCUGCCUGCAAAUUAUGGGAGUUGUAUUUGCGCACAAAAAAUGAAUUUGUUCAAAAAGGUGAUGCUGAGGAGGAAGACGAAGAUGAGGAAGGACAUGACAAUCAAGGCGCAAAUUCUGAAUUAUCAUCUCCAGGUUACCUGAAGGAAAUUCUUGAACAGCUCCUUGAAGCUGUAGCUGUUGCCACAAACCCAUCAGGACGCCUCAUAAGUGAGCUGUUUCAGAAACUUCCUUCUAAAGUGCAAUAUCCAGAUUAUUAUGCAAUAAUAAAGGAGCCCAUAGAUCUUAAAACUAUUGCCCAAAGGAUACAGAAUGGAACUUAUAAAAGCAUUCAUGCAAUGGCCAAGGAUAUAGAUCUUCUAGCGAAGAAUGCCAAAACCUACAAUGAGCCUGGAUCACAAGUAUUCAAGGAUGCAAAUGCGAUUAAAAAAAUAUUUAAUAUGAAGAAGGCUGAAAUUGAACACAGUGAGUUGGCCAAAUCAAGUCUCCGAAUCAGGAAUCCAUCAAAUUUGACUGCUUCCAAGCUGACAGGUCCUUCCUCACAGGGUAAAGGCAGUGUUGGUGAUGAGAGAAAUUCUUCUAACAAAUAUUAUCGUAACAAAAGGUCAGCCCAAGGGGAUCGUUUAUCAGCAAUAACCAUGGCGUUGCAAUAUGGAUCAGAAAGUGAUGAGGAUGCAGCUUUGGCUGCUGCUGCUCGUUAUGAAGAGGGAGAAUCCGAAGCCGAGAGCAUUACUUCCUUCAUGGAUACUUCUAAUCCUCUUUAUCAGCUUUAUGACACAGUUAGAAGUUGCCGAAAUAAUCAGGGCCAGCUCAUAUCUGAACCCUUUUUCCACUUACCCUCCAAGAAAAAAUAUCCUGAUUAUUAUCAGCAAAUUAAAGCACCUAUUUCAUUGCAGCAGAUCAGAACCAAACUGAAGAACCAUGAAUAUGAAACUUUAGAUCAGUUGGAGGCUGAUCUGAACUUAAUGUUUGAAAAUGCCAAGCGCUACAAUGUUCCCAAUUCUGCCAUCUAUAAGAGGGUACUGAAAAUGCAGCAGGUUAUGCAGGCAAAGAAGAAGGAACUUGCUAGGAGAGAUGACAUUGAGGAUGGGGACAGUAUGAUUUCUUCUGCUACAUCUGAUACUGGAAGCUCAAAAAGGAAAAGUAAAAAGAAUAUACGAAAGCAACGAAUGAAGAUCUUAUACAAUGCGGUUCUGGAAGCUCGAGAACCGGGCACAGGCAGACGGCUCUGUGAUUUGUUUAUGGUUAAGCCAUCCAAAAAGGACUAUCCAGACUAUUAUAAAAUUAUCUUGGAGCCAAUGGACUUGAAAAUGAUAGAACACAACAUCCGCAAUGAUAAGUAUGUAGGGGAAGAAGCCAUGAUUGAAGACAUGAAGCUCAUGUUCCGAAAUGCAAGGCAUUAUAAUGAGGAAGGCUCCCAGGUAUACAAUGAUGCCCAUAUGCUGGAAAAGAUCCUUAAAGAAAAAAGGAAAGAACUGGGACCCCUAGCUGAAGAUGAUGAUGUUGCGUCCCCUAAACUAAAGCUAAGUAAGAAUAGGUAUGAGGCUCUGGAAACUGAGAGCCAGGAAAACAAUGAUCUAGAGGAAGGACCAUCGAGGAGGGUACUUAAGCAGAAACAGACAACCAGAUGUAUUGUAACCAGCUCCGAAAAGGAAAAAAGAAGGGUAAUUGUUGUAGGUGACUCCCUGCUGAGGGGAACAGAGGGCUCAAUAUGCAGACCAGACCCCACAGGGAAGUCUGAUGCCUCCCUGGGGCUUAG